AUGUUUUUGAGGAAUGGAAAGACGUCUGUUGUAACAUGUUUUUUGUUUCUUCUACUGGAAUGUUGCUUGGAAGCGGUGUCGGGGCAGCUGUCCUAUUCCGUUUCAGAGGAAGCAAAUAUUGGGACAUCAGUGGGAAAUAUCACUAAGGAUUUAAACCUUAAUAUUCGAGAACUGGAGGCGCGUAUGUUUCAGAUCGUCACUGGAUCUAAGAGAAAGUAUUUCGAGGUAAAUCGGAAGACUGGAAUUUUAUUUGUUAACGAUAGAAUCGACCGAGAGGAGCUUUGCGCCGAAGAGACUAAAUGUACUCUCAGUGUGGAAGCGGUUAUUAAUGAUCCUCUGAAGCUUUACCGUGUGGAAGUUAAUAUUUUGGACGUAAAUGAUAAUUCACCAUCUUUCAGCGCAAAAUCGCAGUCGCUCGACAUAGCUGAGAGUACAGUGCCAGGAGCGAAAUUUCCUAUGCUGUUAGCCAGUGACCCAGACGUUGGAAAGAAUACCGUAAACACAUACAAGCUCAACCCAAAUGAGUAUUUUACACUUGCAACACACAGAGGAGGAGAGCAGAGUGUAUCUGCCGAGUUAGUGCUUCAGAAAGCUUUAGACAGAGAGAAACAGGCUAUUAUUCAACUCAUAUUGACCGCAAUAGAUGGAGGAAGCCCACCCAGGUCCGGCACGUCGCAAAUUAUAAUUAAUGUCUUAGAUAAUAAUGAUAACGCUCCGUUUUUCAGUAGUUCAUUGUUUAAAACACAUAUUACGGAAAACGUACCUCAAGGCACAACAGUGAUAAUUCUAAACGCUACAGACAUUGAUGAUGGCACAAACGGUGAGAUUAUUUAUUCUUUUAGUAAAAAGGACCAGGACAAAAUAUUGCGUGUUUUCCAAAUCGAUCCAAAGACAGGAACGAUCACAGUAAAGGGACAUAUAGAUUUUGAAGAGAACAGAGCAUUUGAAAUCCGAGCUCAGGCGAGCGAUAAAGGACAGCCUCCGUUGGUGACGCAUUGUAAAGUGUUGGUUGAAGUGCUUGAUCUAAACGACAAUUCGCCUGAAAUCACUGUAACGUCUCUUUCUAGUACAGUCAGAGAGGAUGCAAAAGUCGGCACUGCUAUUGCGCUCUUAUCAGUCAUUGACAGAGAUGAUGGCAAAAACGGAAUGGUGAAUAGCAUUGUAUCAAACCAAGUUCCAUUUAAACUAGAAUCUAACUACAAAAACUAUUUUUCUUUAGUUCUAAGUGGUCCAUUAGACCGAGAGAAUGUUUCUCAAUAUAGCAUCACUAUCACAGCUACUGAUGAAGGGACUCCACCUCUCUCCAGUACCACAGUUAUUACUGUACAUGUUUCUGAUGUUAAUGACAAUGCACCACGCUUUCCUGAGCCUAUAAUUAAUGUCUAUGUAAAGGAGAACAGUCAGGUUGGAACCGUUAUUUCUACAGUUUCUGCUUUUGAUCCAGAUUUUGGUGAGAAUGCAAAAAUAUCAUAUUCAACAGUUGACAGCUCAUCUAAAAGCACUUCAGUAACGACAUUUGUGAACAUAAACUCAGAGAGUGGAGACAUACACAAUCUACAGUCUUUUAACUAUGAGGAGAUUAAGACAUUUGAGUUUAAAGUUCAGGCCACAGACUCUGGUGUUCCUCCACUGAGCAGCAAUGUGACCGUGAACGUUUUUAUCCUGGAUGAAAAUGACAACAGUCCCACUAUUCUCCCUCCCUAUUCUGAACACGGUUCUGUUAACACUGAAAACAUUCCCAGUUCUGCUGAAGCGGGCUACUUCGUGGCCAAGAUCAGGGCUAUAGACGCCGACUCUGGUUAUAAUGCGUUGCUUUCUUAUCACAUCUCAGAACCCAAAGGAAACAGUCUGUUCCGAAUCGGAACUAACAGCGGGGAAAUCAGGACCAAGAGGCGAAUGAGUGACAAUGAUCUGAAAACUCACCCACUGGUGAUUCUGGUUUGCGAUAAUGGAGAGCCCUCACUAUCAACGACUGUGUCUAUUGAUGUUGUGGUUGUUGAAAACACAGGUGACAUUCAGACUCCAUUCAGACACCUGCCCACAAAGGAGGAGGGUUUUUCUGAUUUAAAUCUGUAUUUGCUGAUCGCCAUUGUGUCGGUGUCCCUGAUCUUCUUAUUGAGCCUCCUUAGUCUGAUCGCGGUAAAGUGCCGCAGGACAGAUGGCAGUUUCGGUAGGUAUAGUGCCCCAGUGAUCACCACACACCCUGACGGGAGUUGGUCUUACUCCAAAUCGACUCAGCAAUAUGAUGUGUGUUUUAGCUCAGACACACUGAAGAGUGACGUAGUGGUUUUCCCAGCACCAUUUCCGCCUGCAGAUGCAGAACUGAUAAGUAUUAAUGGAGGGGACACAUUUAACUUCACACAAACGCUUCCUAAUAAAGAGAAGGUAAGAUACUUGGAUUCAUCAUCUGCUUUAAGAUUUCUCAAUACACACGUGGGUUUUUAG